CCCUAGAACAGGCUCAGCACAUUUAUAUAACAUCACUCAUUCCCAAACCCUAGAGUUUCAGAUCCUCAUUCAACCAGCACCGAUAGCAGCGGCGGCGACCAUCACUCUCCAACGAUACUUCCGCGACGAAAAUGGCUCUGGUGGCGAACGAGGACUUCCAGCACAUUCUCCGUGUGCUGAACACUAACGUUGAUGGCAAGCAGAAGAUAAUGUUCGCCCUUACCUCCAUCAAGGGUAUUGGCAGGAGAUUCGCCAACAUGGUUUGCAAGAAGGCUGAUGUUGACAUGAACAAGAGGGCUGGUGAGUUGAGUGCUGCCGAGUUGGAUAAUCUGAUGACAGUGGUAGCCAACCCUAGGCAAUUCAAAAUCCCAGACUGGUUUCUUAACAGGAAGAAGGAUUACAAGGAUGGCAAGUACUCCCAAGUUGUUUCCAAUGCUCUCGAUAUGAAGCUCAGGGAUGACUUGGAGAGACUCAAGAAAAUCAGAAACCACCGUGGAUUGAGGCACUACUGGGGCCUUAGAGUCCGUGGUCAGCACACCAAGACAACUGGCCGUAGGGGGAAGACUGUUGGUGUCUCUAAGAAGCGUUAAGCUAUUAUGUUUUGGCUUUGGAGAUUAGAUUUUGUUGAGGAGGGAAAUUUGAAAGAACACUAGACAUGUUUUGCAUACCGACUUUGUAUCAGUUUUAUUUAAAUGCUGUGACAAUUUCAAUUUUGUUUGUUAUUUGCGUUAAGCUCUACUUAUGAUUCUGGUUUUUUAUUUGUAGAGAACCUUGAAUAUUAUUGAUGAAAUUACAUAUUCACUUC